AGCCCCUCCAGACGAGUCAUGCCCGCAGGUAGCGGCAGCAAGGUACAAAAGCACCUCAGCGGGAACUUUCAUAGAACAGCUUAGCGGGCCCUCUGUGUCUCUCCAUUGUUCAGUUGUGUUCCAAUCAUGGCGCCAAUCUACAAGAUCGCCGUGGUCCAGCUCUACCCAAAGCCUAUGCAAAUCGAGAGCAACUUCAGUAAAGCAGAGACUUUCAUCCGCUCCGCGGCGACACAGGGCGCAGAACUCGUCGUCCUCCCUGAGUAUCACUUGACCAAUUGGGUCCCGAAAGAUCCAAAAUUCCUCGAGCUAUGCGGCCAGUGGGAAACCUACCUCAACAAGUACCGUGCUCUAGCUAAAGAGUGUGGGAUAUGCAUUGUACCCGGAACGAUCGUUGAGCUGCACAGGGGUGCUAAGAACGAGGAAGACAAACUUUUGAAUGUUGCGUAUUUCAUUGACCAACAGGGGGAGAUCAUUGGGAAAUACGUGAAGAAGAAUCUCUGGGGACCAGAAAGGGAGCACCUAACGUCGUCCGGCCGGGACGUCCAUGGCGUGUUCGACACGCCACUUGGUAAGGUCGGAAUGCUCAUAUGCUGGGACCUUGCCUUUCCUGAAGCUUUCAGAGAGAUGAUAUCACAGGGGGCUAAGCUCAUCAUCAUUCCCACAUUUUGGACUCUGAAUGAUUGCUCAAAGUUCGGAAUCGCACAUAAUGCGAACGCUGAGGCUUUGUUCCUUGAUAGCACUCUUACCUCAAGGACAUUUGAGAAUACCUGUGCAAUCGUGUUUGCCAAUGCAGGAGGACCCGCAGGCCGGGGAUACGCAGGUUUAUCACAGGUUGUUGCUCCCUAUGUUGGACCUUUGACACGGCUAGGCACUUGUGCUGAAGGGAUGGCUGUCGUUGAACUCGACAUGGCCCUUGUAGAGGACGCGGAAGUGAACUAUCAAGUCCGGGCCGACCUGGCGAGAGACGACUGGCAUUACGAUUACCGACACGGUAAAUCAAAAGAAAAAUUAUGAUAGAUGAAAACUCCAGGUUUGUACAGGUAGACAUUGAUAUUGUAGCAAUGCAAGACAUAAUUUCUGAAGUCAUCCCAGACGUCUGGU